AUGUCACGAAGAAGAAGUCCGGGACGAAAGAGAGGUGAUGACGAGUAUAUACCUUCCAAUAGUGAAAGUGAAGAUAGUGAUUCUCCAACUGAGAAUACUUCGCGUCCGCUGAGAGGACGUCCAAAAAAAAAAGAUUCCGACACCCUCAGUCAAAAUAGUCGUCAUUCCAAUAGUCAGAAUAGACGUCAUUCCAAUAGUCGAAAUAGUCGAAAUAGUAAAAGUCCAUCCAAUAAAAGUAUUGGAAGUACGGAUGGAAUUUCAUCCCAAAAUAAUUCUUCCACCUCCAUUCAUAGUUCGGGAUCAUCACAAAGUAAUCGUCAUCAUAAAAAAGUUGGUAAUAAAGCAGCGAAACGAAAGAAAUCUCGUCGUCAAAAUGUAUUUGUUAAUAAAGAAAAUAAUGUAAGAAAUCCUACACAUAAAAUAGUUAAAAUGCCCAAAAAGAAUGUUGUUGUCGAUACCGGGAAGUUGGUACCACCACCGCCGAUGAAUAAAAAGUCGAAAAAGAAAAAAGACGCGGAAAUAAUCACCGAAGAGGAUAAAUUAUUGGCAUCACUUCCAUUACCAUCAGCUUCAAUUCCUCAUGUGUUUAAUAGAAAUCUUAGUAUGAUUGGAUCAAUUAAUAUUCAAUCAUUCGGUACUAAGAAAUCAUCAAAUAAUGUAAUCAUGCGUAUAAUUGCUGAUAUACUUCGACGAUAUGAUAUUGUCUUAUGUCAGGAAAUUCAUGAACCGAAAGGGAAAGAAGAAAUUAUAAAAAAACUUGUUGAUUUGGUAUCAACACCAAGUAAUCCAUAUUCAUAUGUUGUUAGUCAUCCCAUAGGUCGAAAUUCAUAUCAAGAAAGGUAUCUUUUCUUAUAUAAACAACAAGAAUGGAAAGUAUUAGAUGAUUAUGUUGUUGAAGAUGAUGUUAAAAUGGGAGAUAGAUUCAUUAGGGAACCUUAUGUAGUAAGAUUUCAACAUUUAAGGAAACCCAAUGUAAGAGUUACAUUGGUCGGAUGUCAUACGCAACCCGAAAAAGCGUUUGAAGAAAUCAAAGUAUUAGUUGAUGAUGUUUAUUCGAAUGUAAAAAAGAGGAUACAAAGGGAUACCAUACAAGAAAAACGCCAACUUGAUCAAGAUAGGGCAAUAAGUAAAAAGAAAGAAGGAGGAAUUUUAAAUUAUUUGAAACAUUAUUUAUGUUGCUGUUUUGGAUCAUAUUCACCAGUUUCCACUAGGGAUUUUACAGAAGAAGAAGAAGGAGGAGGAUUAAAAUCGAGUGAACCUAUAAUUAUGAUGGGAGAUUUUAAUGCAGCAGGUUCAUAUGUUAAUAAAAAGCAACGGGAAGAAUUAGAUACUAUAUUAAAGAAGAAUAAUUUAAUGUGGGGAAUUAAACAUUCUACGGAUACAACAGUAGCAGAUGGAUCCAAAGCAGCGUAUGAUCGAUUUGUAUUUGAAACAAAUAAUGAACGAAGAUGGAUUGGUAAUACUAGAGUAUGGAGAUUUGAUGAGAGUUGGGAAAAUAAUGAAAAUGUUGAUAAAAAUGUUGACAAAGAUUUCAUCAAGAAAGUAGCCAAGCGAGUUACAGAUCAUUAUCCAAUUGAAUUUGAGUUCAAAUUGCAGUAA